AUGAUACUUGGUACCAGUGAAAUCCCAGGGGGAAUUCUGGGCUUGAAGAUAUGUGUCUGUCCUGCUGCAGUACCGUUUGGCGGAACAACUAGGCUGUUUUCCGUGUUUGAAAAGCCACCAACCGUGCCAACGUCGGGCAGAGUUAAGGUCGAGGUGUUUGCUAUGCGCAAGAUUUUGCCUGAACCCAUUGAAGAUAAGUGGCCAUGGUAA